AUGUCCGGCCUCCCUACCCCGCCCGUCGAGGACCGGCAUAGGUCCCUCCAGGUCAGGAAGACAUCGAAGCAGACGAAACCUCUGAACCGGACAUCCAAGCGGUCCGCCUCGUCCCAGGAGCAUGGCGCCGUCGUGGUCGACGGGAGGCAUAAGCGAGUCUGGAAAGCGUGCGAACGAUGUCGCAUGAAGAAGACGAAGUGUGACGGAGAGUCCCCGUGCAAGCGGUGCAAGGAUGACGGUUUGGUAUGUACCGCGGGGAGCAGGAAGAAGACCGAGUUCAAGCAAUUGCCAAGAGGGUACGCCGAGGUGCUCGAGAACACGCAGUAUGCCCUGAUAGCUACAGUGCAGAAGCUGUAUAGCAUGAUCCGGAACAACGAGACGUGGGAUCUUGGGGAGCCCGAGAUGAAUGAUCGCGGCCAGCCCGUCAUCCACGACAUCGCGUCCAAGCUGGGCUGUAUUCGACACUCGCCCGACCUCCCCUACGCCUUCCCUGAGGGCGCCGAGGACUUUGCUGAGCUCCAGGCCAAGCUCCAGGCGGCCCGGUCAGAUCUGGGCGCGGAGGAUGCAGCAAACAGGAAACAGUCCGAGUCGUCCCAUUCCUCGCCGUCGCUCACGCGCACCGAGCGCGCCAGCAGCACCGAGAGCAACCACUCG